GAUUGCUGAUUAUUUGAGUAAAGUAAACUAUGCAAACUGGAACAUUAUUGAUUGUCUUAAAUUUUUGGAUAAAAAUAAUUUUUCUGGAAUAGUAUCUGAAAAUAAAGAAGAAAUUUUAAUAGAAUUCAAGAAGCA